UAAAUAGGCGCCGAGGGGACCUCACCUCACAAGGCAGCCGCCAGCAGCCUCCAUAGCAGCACAGCACACCCACCCCCUCAUCUUUAGCUCUGCCCAAGCACGAGCACCCACCCUCAUCUUGGCCUCUCUAUCCUCCCGGCCGUGGUGUCCGACCGUACGCCUCCCUUCGCCGUCGUCCGACACAUGGAGGCGAACCAGGAGAAGGCCACCGCCGGCGGCGACGGCCCGAGGCCGGUGCGAGCGGUGUGCGUCUUCUGCGGCAGCAGGGCUGGCAACCGGCCGUCCUUCAGCGCCGCCGCCCUCGACCUCGGGAAGCAGCUGGUGGAGAGGCAGCUCGACCUCGUCUACGGCGGCGGCAGCGGCGGCCUGAUGGGCCUCGUGUCCAAGGCCGUCCACGACGGCGGCCGCCACGUCCUCGGGGUCAUCCCUAGUGCUCUCCUGCCUGAAGAGGUGUCAGGGGAGACGUUGGGAGAGGUGAAAGUGGUCAGGGACAUGCAUGAGCGCAAGUCAGAAAUGGCAAAACACUCGGACGCCUUCAUCGCCCUGCCAGGCGGUUAUGGGACGAUCGAAGAGCUGCUGGAGAUCAUAACGUGGGCGCAGCUGGGGAUCCAUAACAAGCCUGUGGGGCUGCUCAACGUGGACGGCUACUACAACAGCCUGCUUUCGCUGUUCGACAAGGGCGUCGAGGAGGGCUUCAUCGACGACGCGUCGCGCAACAUCUUCGUCCUCGCCGACAACGCCGCCGACCUUCUCACCAAGCUCACGGCCGCGGCGGAGACGGCCCAUCUUGGCGGCGACGACCCCAACGGCACCGCGGCCGCCGGCGUCAAGAGGAAAAGAGGCUAGCGAACACAGCUGGUCAUGCAUGCCUGUCGUCGUGUAGCUUCGUCUUCCUCAAGCUUAGUUACCAUGUUCUACAUCUAUCAGCUCUUAAAUUAAAAUAAAUAAUCUUCUUCAUGCAUGUAAUAUCGAGCGUUCCCUAAUUAACCCUAAUAUUCCGUGGCUAGCACAAAGUGUGCGUGCUUCAGUGCUCCGUAGUUAAACACAAGCGUACAAGUGUACGGGGGCUGGAGUUGUACCUUGCAGCGCAGCAAUCAUACCAUCACGUUGUACUCUUUCCACCCAAUAUUUUAUGUUGCCUGGCUACGA